AUGACGUCCCCCGUGUCGUCCCCUACAUCUUCCGGUCAGGGAAAUGCCAGUAGCGGUGUGUUGGAAAAGAAAGCGCAAGGAGCUGCCUCGUCUUCCACGGACGUCGCUGCGGUAUACUGUUCUUUAGACUUUUCUCACUUUGCUUGCCACGCUACCUAACAUUCUAUUCAAUUUUCAUAUUGCAUUGUCGAUGUCUUGUUCAAGUGAAGGUGGUCGAAUAAAUCGUUUUCAUCUCAAGUUUGGUCUUUCCAUCGACAUCGUUCCUUUCCAGGCGCCAUCCGCUGCCGCAGCUCCGUCCGGGGGUUCAUCGAAGUCGGACAGCAAAGACUACUACGGGGCGUAUGGUCAGGAGCAGGACUUUUACGACUACAACACGGGCGGAGAUCAUGAUUACAACUACGACUAUCACGGACAAGCAGGAGCAGGGGCUGCUGGUCCGGCACACGACCAGCAGCACGACGAGGCCUACGACCCCAACUACGACUACAGCCAGGACUACAGCAACAGCAACGUGGCGUCUUCCACGUCCUACCACGACUACAACAAUUACUACCCGCCGACCAGUGCUUCCGGGGAGCACAACUACUACGCGAUCCCGAUCGCAAUGGAGCCCUACGCGAUUUUGGAAGAAGCCUCGCAAAAAAUCAGCUACAACACGGACUGGGCUGGGCGGGAAAUCCGGAAGCAGAUGGCGCAGUGCCGGGUUCGCCUGCAGGAACACGUGAUCCACCGGAGGCGACAGGUGUCCGACGCGGACACGGACAGCGAGGACGAUGAAAACGUAUCGCAAGAAAAAAGUGUUACAGUUACACAUUGUGUUGCAGGCCACGCAAGACAGACAAGCUCUGUCAUGCCGGAUAUGCAUAGGAGCCUCGUUUCAUAGGUGUUUUCCCGUAGGAUUUCUGCAUUGCAAAUUUUCUCUCUCAUGCAAAGAAAUUUGCGUUGCUGAAUUCACUACAAAUGUGUAACUGUAACACUUUUUUCGUGGGAUAAAACGAGGCGUUUUACGACUACCGCCAGCAUUUGAACCAGCAUUUGCAGGAGGCUUGGACGAAAAAGCAGCAGGAACAACUGGAAAAAGAUUUGGUUCCCGUGUUUGAGUUCUUGGAUUCUUUCCACUUAGUGGGGCAGCAACUGGAGUUCAUCGCGUCGCAAGUCUCGCAAACCUCCAUGGCUCUCGCGGAAAACGUGACCAACUGGUGCGCGGCGGAGUACGGCUGGACCAAGCACGUGCAGACGUUGAACAUGAAAAGCAGCGACUUGCGGCACAAACAGGCCAUCGCCCAGGCGAACAACAAUCGAGUCAAGUAUAAAUGAAUGUAGUUUUUGUGCUUCCAUGAUGGUACACGUUCUUUGGAUAAAAAUGGCAGAAUUUCGAAGUUGUAGAAUAAGUUCUUCUCUGUAAUUUUUACGAAGUAAAAAUGCGUUGUAGUUCGUGCAUGGCACAAUAAAGCUGCCUAUGAGACCACUUAAAACACCGACCUCCACGGCAAUAUCAGGCAGCAGAUGCUCCUUAUCGGGGAGGAGCAGAAGCCGUCUUGGUUUUCGCGGAAGGGGAAGUCGCUUGAAAAGCUCGCUGAGGACCAGCAUCGACACCAGCAGGCCAUCGCGGAUUUUGAGGAGCAGCAGGAGAGUCUGGAAACGGUGAAAUCGAAGUUGAUUCCGCAGGUCCAUGAAGACCUGGAGAAGAAGCGGAAGGAGAUUUUGCAGGCGGUGGACGACCUGUUUCUCAAAGCGAACUUCGUCGUCGGCUACAAGACGGACCCGAAGGAGUUCCGGAAAACCACGCUCGGGGAAGACAAAACCGCGGCCGGAGGAAGUGCCGGCACAGCAGGUUUUUCGGCGGAUGAGUUGGGUCCGCCGCUGUCGUCCAAGCAGUCGCUCAGUGCUAGCGACGAAAAAGGUAUGAACGUGAAGCAGGCGAGUAAAGUGACGCCGGUAGACAACGUGCGCAUGGCGGAUGAAGUGGCGGUUCCAGCUGAGCACCACGCGGAGAACGAAAAUGAUGUGUCUUCAAAGGAGCAAACCAGUAGAAAAGAUGUGGAUGGAAGUGCCAAUAAGGGUGGAAAACCUCCUGGUUCUACCAGUAUGUUGAAAGGCUUUGGAAAAGGAAAACCGGAGGCGCCCCCGAGUAGUUUUCAUCCGAGCGCAGGAGCUGCGGAUGCGGAAAGUGCGAAGCGCCCGGUGGCGUUUCCGAGCAGGACUGGUCCCGCUGCUGAGGCAGACAAACCCGCGGCUCCCCCGGUCGCAGCCGCGGCGAAUGUGGAAACCCCAAAGCGGCCGGGCGCGCCACCACCGACGACCGAGAAAGAGAUAUCGAAAGAAGAAGGUGUAAGCGAAACCACGUCUGUCACACCCAGCGUAGCCGCGACCGUGAGCACCUCAACAGCGGCUACGUCCGCUGUGGUGUAUGAACCCCCGGCACCGCCACCACCAGCACCAGCUGCUGUUGCGCAAGAGACGAAAAGUACUUCCGAAGAGGAGAUUGUCGUCGCGGAACCGGAACGAGGCAGUGCUGCAGGGGGACAAGACCAAUUGCCGGGCGCGGUGGUGACUGAAGCAACUACGGGAAAGAAGGCCUCGAAAGGGAAGAAGAAGAAAGGGAAAAACGGAGGCUCAGCUGCGUCUUCCUCAUCGUCGUCCAGGAUUCUGGAGGCGGCAAACAAUCCUUUGGCUUAG